GAAAUCAAUGGGUUGACAGUGCCAUUGGUCAACCAAGACAGAGAAAAAAAUGCAGAGAAGCGAAGCCAACCACUAAAAUCGGAGAAAGAGGCUCUGUUGAUAGGUAUCAUAUCAACAUUCCUUCAUGUUCAUCCUUUUGGAGCUAAUAUUGAAUAUCUUUGGUCAUAUAUGCAGCAACUGGACUCUAGGAUCUCGGCGAAUGAAAUAGAAAUGCUUUUGAUGAGGCUUCCACGCAUGUUUAAGCAAGAGUUUUCUGGUGUUGGAGCAACGCUGGAGAAAAGGUGGAAGUUCUGUGCCUUCGAAGGAAUUAAAACAACUUGACUUUGGUUGGAUCAGAGCUAUAUGGGGAGAAAAUGUUAUGGACCACGACGGCAGAGGCGAGUUGAAGUAUUAAAGGAGGAGAAUUAGGUUUGGCUUAUACAUUUCCAAAGUGCUCCAAACCUGGUUUUAGUUGCAUUUGUGAUGUCCUCUUGUGAAAAUGUAGUUGUGUGCCAGUUCCAAAACAAAAAGGAAAAAAAAAAGCCCUCCUGAAAUGUUUCCUAUGAAAACUCAAAAACAAUUCUACAAUCAUAAUGAUAUCAUUAUUUAAAAUACACUCCUUCUAAUAUUAGCUCACUUGAGCCAACUGGAAGAAGAAUUCUUGGUUACUAAGCUCCAGCAAUGUCUGUGUAUGAUGUGGUAGAUCUUCCUCCAGUUCCAUACCUAAGAGUCUUUCCGUUUCGUAAGAAGACAAAAAUGAUUUCAUAGUGAGAACAAGUAUACCAAAAGCAAACUUGAAGAUGUGUUUGAACAGUUAUUGUAUUUUGUAAAUUAAGUUAUCUGCUAUACCAGGGACUUUUGCCUUAUUGCUAGAGGCCUGAAAAAAAUGUGAUUGGAUUCUUUGAGAAUGCUUUAUGCAGAAUAUUAUUUUUCUAAUGUAACUAUUCUCCAUUCUAAGUUCCUUUAACAUGGAUCGCAUAUCAAUUUUCAUAAAUGUGUAAAUAAAGAGGAAGGCAGUGUUACUGUAUUGUAUUUGGUAUGUAACAUUCAGGGUUAUGUAUCUGAAAAUAAGUAUCCAGUUGCAUUACUGUUACAGAUUUUAUAGCAAAUAUAUUAAUUUUUUUUCA